CUCGGGGGCGGCCGCGCCGGUCGGGACUCCCGCCAGUAGGGAGCGGGCCGUGCGGGACGGAGGCAGGUCGGCGGCGGGGAGCCGGAGCGAGCGCGGCCGCGGAGAGGGAGCCGGGCCGCGGAGUGGAGCAGCUGCAGCGGGACGGACGCGCGGGAUAUUAGAAAUGGCUACUCCCCAGUCAGUUUUCGUCUUUGCGAUUUGCAUUUUAAUGAUAACAGAAUUAAUCCUGGCCUCAAAAAGCUACUAUGAUAUCUUAGGUGUGCCAAAAUCUGCUUCAGAGAGACAAAUAAAGAAGGCCUUUCACAAAUUAGCCAUGAAAUACCACCCUGACAAAAAUAAGAGCCCGGAUGCUGAAGCAAAAUUCAGAGAGAUUGCAGAAGCAUAUGAAACUCUCUCAGAUGCCCAUAGGCGGAAAGAGUACGAUACAAUUGGACACAGUGCUUUCACUAAUGGCAAAGGACAAAGAGGGAGUGGAAGUCCUUUUGAGCAGUCUUUUAACUUCAAUUUUGAUGACUUAUUUAAAGACUUUAAUAUUUUUGGCCAAAACCAAAACACUCGGUCCAAGAAACAUUUUGAAAAUCACUUUCAGACACGCCAGGAUGCCUCCAAUAGACAGCGGCAUCAUUUCCAGGAGUUUUCUUUUGGCGGUGGAUUGUUUGAUGAUAUGUUUGAAGAUAUGGAGAAAAUGUUUUCUUUUAGUGGCUUUGAGACCACCAAUCGACACACAGUACAGACUGAAAAUAGAUUUCAUGGAUCUAGUAAGCACUGCAGGACUGUCACUCAACGAAGAGGAAAUAUGGUUACUACAUAUACUGACUGUUCAGGACAAUAGUUGGUUCUUUCUUUUUCCACUAAGCUCACUUAGUUUAUUCUUUCUCACCAUGUCUGAAAAAACAGUUUUCUCUGAACUAUUUUGACAAAUGCAUGAUUUCACUUAACAUUAAGCCAUUGGUUGUAGGUAUUCCAUAUAUUAAAUUUUUUUGACAGAUUCAAUCACAUUCAGCUAGCAGACAACUCUUAAUUAAUUUUCCUGAUUAGGAAAAGUUCUUUUGAAAGAAGAUCAUUUUCAAGAUCUUUUUUUCUUUACCUAUCCUUUAACUAUUUAAUUUGGCCACCCCCCCCCAAAAAAAAUCCACGAACAAAAUUCAAUUUGUCUGGUACAUACUCAAGAUUAAACUUUAAAAGAUAAA